AUGGUGGCCUACGUCCAGCUGCGGCGAGUCAGAGUGAACGACUUCACCAUGAACGCACACGAGCAGCUGAAUAAUCUCGAUCAGACGUGGUUGGCUCGCAUCUUGGCAGGUUUAGCAGGACAGCGCACAGGCGUACUCACGGCGCCGAGCGCUCAGCAGCAGCUCGACCUGGGCGACGACACCGACGGCACCGCUCAGAUGUUGAUCGAGUCACUUAGACCGCUGGUGGACGUCGACUCUCUGCGCGUCACUUUUCAGCCGAACAGUUUGGAGACAUCAGACACCAUCUCGAUAGACGACAGCCCAUGUCGAGUGGUCUUCCUCGGCGCAGACAUUGACACGUGGGAGUCUCCGGAGACGGAGUCCGAUGCCGAACGCUUUCGCCUGCUGAAAGGUCUUCAUGAGCGACUAUGGCAUGAGCAGCUACCGGGCAUGGAGAAGUUCUUGCGACGACUUGGUGUACCGGACAAGUGCCUGGAGCUGGCUCAACAAGUGGUUGCAGCACGCGAGGAGCGCAACGACUGGGCACCCAUCGCCAGCAAGCCCAGAUAUCGAGCAGAGCUCGCAGGAUGGUUCGGCGACUUUAUGGUGUGCGACCUCUUCUUCAGCUUCGGCAAGUCAUUCUCACUCAUGGUCGACGAGGCUAUCAGAUGGACGAUAGCCGAAAUGCUACCCAAGAAGGACGUGUUCCACAUAGCCCAGGCCAGCGCAGCCGAGCAAGGGCUCGUGGCUACCGACGAGGACAUAGUGUUCGAGUGUACGGUGUGCCAGAUCUUCAUGCUUGAGUACGGCGGUUUCACACCAUCUCAGUGCCUACAAGGACAGAAUCCUCGUGGUUUCCUUGAUCACGGUUCCAACUCCACUCUUGCCAUCGACGGCGCUCGUGACUCUAUUCCAGACACCUUCGAGUCUUACCUCAGGCCCAGAAUGAUAGCCAAGACGGCAGUUCAGAAGGCAGUCGUCGAGCAGCGCACCGCAGAGGCUAACGAUACCAAGGUGCAGAUCCUCUCAGACGUGGCAAAGCUACGACCACUACAGGACAUUGUCGAUCUGCAUCGAGUUCCUGAUCGAAAGGACGCACCCGGGUGGAGAGGGCCGUGCGACUUGCUGGAUAUCAACUUGAGGGAGAACGUGGCCAUUGUCAAGCACCAGUCCAUGCAAUACAUCGUUCUUCUCAGGCAUGCGCGCACGGGCACUACGAUCACGGUUGGACUGGUUCACGACGCCAACGGCAUGCAGAUUGUUGUGCCGGACGACUUCGAGGGCGCAGUGCCGGACCUGUCGGGCAUCUCCAGCAUCGAGCAGGUCGACCAGUGCCAGAAGGCGGUCAAAAGCAAGCUGUGGCGGCAGAUCAUGAUAUCAGCAGAUAUGAUGAAGAGCGUGUUCCGCGAAGUCCAGCAUCUCGUCGAGUACCGACCUCGCCUAUGGCCUCGGCACCACCUCGUCAGGACCCACGGCAAGCACAGGGCACGGCGGAACAACCUACUAUUGAGUAUCCAGCUCGGCCAGAACAAGCACAAGAAGCAGUUGAUCAACCUGCCAUUGAAUAUCCACUUCGCUUUGAUCAAGCAGCUGAAGCGGCCGAAGCAGCCGAGCCGACGCUGGCAUAUCCGCAGCAGGACUACGGGGGCGAGUAUCGCAAGUCCCAUGACGGAGCAUCAGGCGCUCAUUGCUGAGCACUUUCGCUCAGAUGUUGAGGGCUUCAACCUCACCGACGGCGACGAACUACCAAGCAGCUGGAAUCACAGUCAGGCAGACAUAUCCUUUGACGGACCUUUCCCUGAGGACCACUGCUUUUAUCUCGACACCCGCACGGGCGAGUGUUUCGCAUCGGCCGCGGACUCGCUCGUCCUGAAGCCAAGCGACGCGGUGGAACAUGUUGUCCUGGUCGAGGCAGCAGACCUCAAGGAUAUCAAGCAGUUCGGCGAGUCUACCGUGUGGAAACCGAUGCCCAUGAGCAAGUGCAAGCAGGACAUGUAUGAGGUCCUGCGCAAGCGCGGCAUCAAGACCCUAGAGCGGCAGGCGCGCGUCACUCCACUUGCCAAUGUCUGGAGACACCUGAGGAACAUCGAUCCUAAGACGUUCCACGUUCCCUCGCUGCAGCGCAGUCUGAACGUGUGGGUUCUGGAGCGUCUCAAUGCGAUGUACGGGCUUAGCGGCGCACCUCUGGCAUUUCAUGUUGUCAUGCAGAUCUUCAUGACAGAGACGUUUUUUGGCGGACCCUCGGCGUUCGACGAUUGUUUCUACUUCUGGAUGGAAGCUCCAGGAGAACUCGAGGCGAUCGCGACAUUCCACGCGGGCGAGAACAACAACGCGAGCAGCAACGAGUGGUUCGACGCAUCCUACGUUAAGUGCUCGGACAGAUUUGAAGGAGCCACGCGACAGCAACCACCAAUCAAUCAUGUGGGAGUCAGACACGAGCAGACCGACUUUGGCAUCCGAAUGUCUCAGGACGAGUUCUGCCAGAACCUUCAACCAGUCCCUCUCGGCAAGGUUCGAGCAGCUCAAGACAACUCACCACUCACAGCGACGGAGCUCAAGACAUUCCGUGGACUCUUAGGCGGCCUGCUGGGGCUAUGUCAGACACGACUGGGCGCGAUUGCAGAUGCGAUUCUCAUCCAACAGAACAAGGCAUCGGCAAAUGGUAAGCACAUCAGGAUGGCCAACACGCUGCUAGCUCGCGCGAAGAAGCACGCGGCAAACGCGGAGCUCUACGCCCCGAAGAUGUUUCCACCAUUUGUGAUGGACACGGUGGCGGAUUCAAAUGGAGCUACCUCCAGAAGCUCUUACGGUCAAGAGGCAGUGAUUAUUUUGUUGGGUUCGGACAGGCGCGCGCAGGUUGCGGCAGCGACAUCGGUCCACUACCGCCAGGUGUGCGACUCCAAGGAGCAGCUCAGCAAGUUCUGUCACAGCAUAGCUUCGCUGUCUCAUAAGGCCAAGAGGUUCCGAAGCCGCGUGCCGCAGUUUGACGCCGAGACCUGUAGUUCCCAGGCCUCGGGCCCCUUCUAUUCGAACAUCACCGAGUGGGGGCCGCAGGCAGCCAGAUGGGUCGCCUCCAAGGGAAAACGCUACCAGAUGUUGGCCCUUGUCGAGACGCACGUGGGCGCCUUCAAGGCCCACGACGCGGCCCUCACCUGGAGCAAGGGCGACUGGCGAGUCUCCGAAUGCGACGCUCUCCCCAUUAUGCGCUCGACCACUGGCACCACAGGAGGAGAGCUCAUCCUCGCCCGCAAGCACGUCGCCUGCUUCACCUUCGACGGCCUGAGGCACCAGGCCCAAGUGACCUACGGACAGGACCCCUGCUGCGGCUUCGCGCCCACGGCUUGGCACCAUAAGGCGGGCAAUAUCGUGGCCCUGGCCUUCUACGUGGAGCCCCACGACACGAUCGCUGGCCCAGUCCUGGAACGCCUCGUGGCCCUCGCCGCGUUCCUGGCCAUGCUGGCGGACCCUUGGAUUGUCGUGGGUGACUGGAACAUGAGCCCAGCCCGCCUGACCGCCCCGGGCUACCUGGGGGAGUGGGGAGGCACUAUCGUCACCCCGCCAAUCACGGCGACCUGCGACAAGGGCAAGGGCUCCCUCAUCGACUACGCGGUCACCAAGAGCGGCUUUGAGGACUUCAUCACGGUGCGGCCAGUACACGGCGUACCUUGGGGCACGCAUUGCGGGCUAGAGAUUGAGGCAGGCGACGCGAAUCCAUGGUGGUACAAAUCACUUCGGCUACCCCGCCCGAUGCCACGGCCGCCUCGCCCCGCCAACAGCCCGACCCCAACAGUACAUCCAGCCAGCGACGACAACUUCGACUUCAGCGACGGCGCCGAGCGCUACAAGAGGCCGUCGCAGACCGAAUCAGUCGAGAAGGCCCACGCCGCUUGGGUCAACUGCUACGAGGGCACCCUCAUCGUCCACCAAGGUACUUCUGAUGAACAACGCCACCCCUGCACCGGCAGGGGCGAGCCAGUGCCCUUUGAACGGCGACGUGCAGUGCCCACGCCUGGCCGCACCCACAUCAAGAACGAGGUUGCUGAGUGGUGGGCCAUCGCGCGUGCCCUCGCGCACAGGGGCCUCGCCCUCGUCAGGCACGCGAAGCACCGCGACCUCAUCGACGACGUCGCCAGGCUCCUCCAGGUCACGCAGUACAAGACAGGCUACUGGAAGGCAGUCUGGCACACCCAGGAGACCAUCCACGACGCACUUCAAGCACUACGGCGGGUACGAGAGAGGGCCGCGGAGGAGGACCAGGCCCCCAUCGAGCUCCAGCACUCCACCCGUGUCUUGCACAGCAUGCCGCCCAACAUAGCGACGGGCGUGGACACAAUGGGCCCCGGAGAUCUUCUUCGCUUACCUGAUGGGGCCCUUGAUCAGUACGUUCGGUUGCUCAACUUCAUCGAGACGCAGGCCCAUUGGCUCCCGCAGGCGCAUCUCACCAUAGCGACUAUGGCCCCCAAGCAGCUAGGGCCCUCGGCUCUUGCCGCUGCGCUGCACAGAGCCUUUCUCGACGAAUCCGCCUGCGUCAUGAAGCUCACAGUGGCCACGCUGCUCAUGAUCUUGGAAAGGUUGUACGACCACGCCCACCUCGGCAAGCUCGUCGCGGUUGGCCUCGACGAGAACUUCCCCUCCAUUGUGCUACUGAUGGCCUUGGACAACGCCGAGCUGCCCGUCUCGUCCAAGAGCGCCCUUCUCGCCAACAACACCAAGCUUCGAUCUUCCCUGGCGGACAGGCUCCGCAGGGCUGGGCUGCCGCUCUCCACUGCUACGGAGGCCGCCGACCUCGGCAUCGACACCCGCGCGGGCACGCGACGAGCGCAGCUGGAGGAGUACAUGGACACCAAGCCCGAGGCCUCGCACGCCACGCCCUGCUCAGAUGGAGCCACGCUACUCGAGGCUGGAUGGCAACCCCACCAAGCGGACCUCUGGCAACGAGUGCGUGGAGAAUACCUCGAGCAAUGUACACUACCCAGGGAUGGAUGCGAGCUGGCCGACCUCGACACGCAGACCAUCCCCGACGACCUCGCAGAGGACUUGCAGGGCAGGCUCUGGCAGGAGGCGGCUCGACAUCUACAUGGAGAGGGUCUCGAGCGGGGUGCGGACCUGCACGCCAUCCGAGCAGAGCAGCGCCGCUUCCUGGCCAACGGCCCACCCAAAGUGGCUCUCGAGGCGGAGCGCAGGAACUCCGCCCAGAGGGCCCGCGAGAAGGCGAGCCGUCGCACCUGCCCGAGCGCGCGGGCGCGCGCGCGCGCUCCGAUGGCGCUGCGGGGCGAGGCGGGCUGGGAUGCUGCCAUGGCGCAGGAGUUCGGGGCGGACCGCUGGGCCGCGCUGCGGCCCGUGCUCCAGCGCGACGUGGAGCACGUGUGCUUCGUGAACCAGUUCCUCGCGCCGGAUGCCGUCGAGGCCCUCGAGGCCACCUACGCGCUCCAGCCGACGCACAUCCCUGGCGCCUUCAGCUUCGACGUGCCUCAGGCCUCCACGGGAGCCUCCGAGCGCGACCUAUCGGGAGACGAGGCCGACCCGCCCUGA